CCUUGAUCUAAAGAAGCAAAAUUUGGAAAACAUGGAUUAAAUGUUGGAUCUAACAGCAAUCUUUUACCGUGGACAUGCUUUAUAUAAAGAUCUAUUGUAUAAAAAUAUAUACAUAUAAAAGCAUCAAGGGUCAACACUAGCAAGAAACAUAAAUAAUUAAAUAACAAUACAAAACAUAAAUAUUUGUGCUCAUGAGACAAAUUCGUUUCUGGAAAGAGGUGUAAACAUUUUCUUAGAGCAGAAGUGACCCCAAAAAGUUCAAUCCAAAACCGAGAAUGCCGAUGACAGUGCCUGCAGCGGAAGUCGCCGGGAUUAUUUCAGGAGGAAUAACUGUGGUCGUCUUUGCAGCAGUCGUCGGAGUUCUGUGUUGGCGCUUCCCAGCGUGCAGGUCAAGAUCUUUCUGGGAUAAGAAUAUCAAGCGAGCGAUACGGAAAGUCUACGGAAAAUGCAAAAAGAAGAAAGUCAAGGAAGAGAAGAAAAGCUUGAUCAUUGGCCCGAUGAUCCGGAAGAGGAGCCGGGACGAGCCCCCCUUUGUGGUCCCCCAGAUUUUCGUGGAUUAUGGAAGCCGCCGGACGUCGUAUGCCUCAGCGUCUGACCACAUGAUGCUCGGGGCUCUGGCGCUUGACCUGCGCAGGUCUUCCGGUAGCAGUGCUGGAAGUAGGAGGACCUCGCUGGCUUCAGACUCUGACAGGAGAGGUUCUAACUCUAGCAUGGGGAGCAGGCGGACCUCCUUCGCCUCCGACACUGACAGACGGGGCUCAGCGUCCAGCAUGGGAAGCCGCCGGACAUCCAUUUUCUCGGACCAGUCGGACAGGAGGGGCUCCGCGAGCAGCAAAAGUAGCAGGAAAGGCUCGGACGGAAGUAGAAUCGAUGACACGGAUGUAUCACUGGCAGAUUUGUCGGACACAGAGAACUACGAUAUGGAUGACAGACGUUUCCCAAACCUCAAAUACCCCACCAGGCGCAUAAGCUACGACGUCACAAGACCGUACAAGGAACAGGUUCCGCCCUACAGGAGGUCUCACUCGUUGGCUGAAUUACAGGCAGAGCGUGAGAGAGAGAAGCUUGCAGCACAGGCUGAAGGUCGGCCUGUGACAAGUUCGCGGGCCACAGAAAGAAGGUCCACUCUAUCCAGUCUUGUUUUCAGUAGCUUGGCAGCGCUGGACCAGACCGGAAAUGCAGUUAUACCCCCUUACGUAAAGAAGAAACACAAGCGUCAGGUCAUUGGUUUACCCGACACCCCCGUGGCGUUGACUGAGAUCAACCUUGAGGAUCUGAUCCCUCGGUACGCUCCGCCCAUCAAGCCAACAGGCACCCUUAAGAUACAGCUGCUGUGGUCCCAGGAGAAGACAACCCUGACUGUGAUUAUUAUAGAGGCUCAAGGACUCAUCAUUCCCGGAGUUCCCAAGGACGUAGAGGUCAAUCCAUAUGUCAAGGCCUUCUUAGUGCCAGGUCGAGCUUUUAAGUACAGAACCAAAACCCUGAGGAAUACAAGGGACCCUCUGUUUCUGGAAAAGUUUGUCAUCAAGGAUCUACCCGUAGGAGGAGGCGAAGAAAAUGAAGAUGGCGCCCUGGAGUUUCAGGUUUACUCGUCACAUCACGUGAGCAGGCGCCAUCUGGUGGGCGUAGCCUCCAUCCGGCUGAUUGACGUGGAUAAACUGACCUCGGGUCAGGUUGAGCUGCUGGUGACCCCACAGACUGUUUACAGGAUGCACCAAGGAGACCUCCGGAUAUCCGGUUGUUACCAGCCAGUGGCGGGAAAGAUUGUUUUCAACAUCCUAGAAGCCAGGAACUUGCCACGUGUCUCCAUUCUAGGGGCGAUAAAUCCCUAUGUCAAGGUUGAGAUGUAUGUAAAUGGCAUCCGAGAGGGCAAAAAUAAAUGCAAGGUCCGGCAGAACACUCAGGACCCUGUCUGGCACCAUCAGGUGGUCUUCGAGGUCAACAGGGAAAACCCGAAGCUUCUGGGUCACGUGUUUGUGUUCCAUGUCCUUCACAAGGACAUGAUGACCGGUGUCCAUAAAAUAGGACAGGUGGAUCUCGGAUGGUACAGUCAUGGGGAACAACUCGAGCACUGGUAUGAAAUCAUGGAGCACCCUCACAGGUCCACGGACAACUGGCACCCGAUCAUCAAGACAGGCAAAAUUACGUCUUGACCCCUGGACCGUCCGGAAUUAACCGGUUCUCGAAGAGAGGGCCCUCUCCCCCUCUCCCAAUGAACCGGAUAACGCUUCUGCUGUUUGUAUCCCAAGAGUCUAGGAACCUGCUGUGGGAAUAUACGAUGUACAUGUGUAUAAUUCAACAAUCAUCUAAAUUGUGUUUGUUUGACAUAAUUAUGUUUGACCUGAUUGUGAUGGACCUAGUUAUGGUUGUUAUAUCAACGACUAUUGUCUAUGUUACAAACUUCGCUAUAUAUAUAAUAUGAACAUCUCUUGAGGUAAUAUAUACACUUCAGAUUUUCUGAUGUUAACAAAAACACAAAAACAAAAAAAAUAACAUUACUAUGUGUAUAUCUGUAUUGUUUAAAAUAAUGUUUAUUCCUAUGAUGUCGAUAUGGGGUAUUCACCAUUAAUUAGGUUGAAGGCAACCUAAUUAUUUUUUUAAUUCUAGAAUAUUAAACGUUAUAUCUCUAGUUAAAUUAACAAUAAAUAUACCCCCCCCCCCCUUUUUAUCUUUUUUUUUCUCCCAUUAAAAUAUUUCAAGGGAGAUCACUCUGUACUAUACUUCUGCGUCAUUUUGAAAUAAGAACUCCAUCCAUUUCCCAUGAUUCCCAGCCUUCCCCCGCCCCCCGACGGAGUCGUCCUAAGAUUCUCCCACUAAGUGACGUUAUGUCACGCACACACACGCACACACACACAAACUAAAAAUUAUCAUCAGAAUAUUACUUUCGAAUAAAACCUUUGCAGACAUCAUCUUAUAAAACUGUUGACUACCACGCCCCUGCCGUCAAGACGGAAGUAGACCUGUUUUGCCACUGUCAACACGUUGCGUCCAGUUACGUGGGCGGCACUCCAGUGUAGAGUACCACUGCCGUCACGUCUCUGUCACACCUAUUAACAAACAGGUUAAAUAAGUCAUGCUGACCCGGGGAACAGUCCUCCCCUCCCCCCCUCCUUCCGUUUCCUCUUACCGCCCCUCCACACUCGUGUCUGUUUCAUCAUUCUCCUCGUUGGCGGAAAUCCAAACAUCCCUUGGGAGGAAGCAUUUCUCUAGAACUUCAGGAUCUCAUAUUUAGAAUCUCAAGCACUGGGUCUCUGGGUAAUGCUUAUAAAUGACAGGAAAUAUCGUUGAAGUAACGCGGAACGAGAAUUGACGAGAUCUGGUAACACCUGAUACAUAAAAAAAAAUGCAGACUUUGGCCGAGUCUUGAUAAGCCUUGAGUUUGAAUCCCUUUGAAGACAGAAAACACCUGAUACAUUUUUUUAAAAAGCAGACUUUGACGUGGUGGUAUUAUGGCCGAGUCUUGAUGAGCCUUGAGUUCGAAUCUAUUUGAAGAAAGAGGUUUUUGAACUUCGGCAUUUUUAGGAUGCGCCAACUUUUAAUUGGGUCAGCUAAUCGUCUGCCCGAGAAACAGAUAAGUUUUACGUCAUUUGGCCCAAUAGGUCUAAAAUGGGUCAAGCUAGACAAAGUCUAAUUGUGGUUACCAAAAACUCAUGUCAUAGUAAAUGUUCCAAUUGAAGCCCAGUCCUUCAUAGAGCUGUAGGGACAAUAACAAAAAAGUUUUUGAAGAUAGAGAACUCUUUUUUGUUUGGAAGCAUUUAUCAGCGUGUGAAUCUAAGCGCGUGUAUUACCAGACAAAAAGAAAACCUGCUUUGUUGCCUGUUCUUUUGCCUAUAUUUCUGUUGCCCUUUUUUUUUUUGUUGCCCGUUUUGUUGCUAAUGUAACUGCCAAAAGUCUGUGAAAGCUGAAAAUUUUAAGUUAAGAAUCAAUAAGCCGCGAUCAUAGUAGAUCAGUCGAAUUUCUUAUUUGAAUACAGUGCCUGCAAGUAUCUACUGCGACUAAACAGGAUUCGUUGAAUUCACUAAUAUCAAAAAGGACCCAUGAAUCCACUGCCACCAAACAGGAGUCACUGAAUCCGCUGACACUAAUAUGGAGUCAUUAAACCACUGCCACCAAACAGGAGUCACUGAAUCCGCUGACACCAAUAUGGAGUCAUUAAACCACUGCCAACAAACAGGAGUCACUGAAUCCGCUGACGCCAAUAUGGAGUCAUCAAACCACUGCCACCAAACAGGAGUCACUGAAUCCGCUGACGCCAAUAUGGAGUCAUUAAACCACUGCCACCAAACAGGAGUCACUGAAUCCGCUGACGCCAAUAUGGAGUCAUUAAACCAUUGCCAACAAACAGGAGUCACUGAAUCCGCUGACGCCAAUAUGGAGUCAUUAAACCACUGCCAAACAGGAGUCACUGAAUCCCGUUACUAAUUCAACAUCGCUAGAAUCAGUUUGUAAUGUGACUCCAUAAAGUCUAGAUUUCCUAUCUCUAAAACACAAGAUCAAUACUGCAGCUAUUUCAACCUAGAUUUAACAGUUAAGAAAAACCGAUGCAAGGAAGGCGACAAAAUUUAAACCCAAACCUGGUUAUGAAAACCUAGUUUCUGAAAUACUGGUAAGCACCAAAUCAUUAAAAAGUUGCGAGACGUUUGGCCUUAGGGGCAUUCACUCUGUGUGACCUGAGCAGGGUAAAUAACUCGACACAACAUCUUUUUUAUCUUAUUGAAACUCAUUUUAAUCCCAUUUAUAGGAAACGGUUUACCUCCCCUCAAGGCUGUAACUUUUGUUUCAGUGAGCCCCACCCACUAUUACCAAAUUGUCCCACCCCCAAAAACUAUGAAAAUUGUUACCAUAGCAACUCUAUAUUUUAAUAACGACUGGGGAUUUCCCAGCAUUGUUUAAAAUAUAUUUGUAUGUCGCAGGCCACAUCAACAACAACAACAAAAAAAAUCGUGGAGUUGAAUUGAACGGAUGCUCUACCGUUUCAGUAUCCACACUGUGGAGAAAGGCUUCUUGGGCCCGGAUAGCACCACGUCACAGGCUGGAUAUGGCCCGCGGGACGUAGUUUUGAAUGCUCCAUGAAUUUCAGAACAUAAGAAUACAUGUUUAGAGGCGUGGCAUUGUGACAGAUCGCUGUAGGAGGCGUGGCAUUGUGACAGAUCGCUGUAGGAGGUGUGGCAUUGUGACAGAUCGCUGUAGGAGGUGUGGCAUUGUGACAGAUCACUGUGUAGGAGGUGUGGCAUUGUGACAGAUCACUGUGUAGGAGGUGUGGCAUUGUGACAGAUCGCUGUAGGAGGUGUGGCAUUGUGACAGAUCGCUGUUGGAGGUGUGGCAUUGUGACAGAUCGCUGUAGGAGGUGUGGCAUUGUGACAGAUUGCUGUAGGAGGUGUGGCAUUGUGACAGAUCACUGUGUAGGAGGUGUGGCAUUGUGACAGAUCACUGUGUAGGAGGUGUGGCAUUGUGACAGAUCACUGUGUAGGAGGUGUAGCAUUGUGACAGAUCGCUGUAGGAGGUGUGGCAUUGUGACAGAUCGCUGUAGGGGGUGUAGCAAAUUCAUUUUGACAGAUUGCUGUUGGCGUUGUGGCUACUUUAUUUAGCUGUUGGCAAUAAAAAUUUCCUUAAUGGGAUACUUUUCUGUUGACGCUGCGGUUAAUUCCUUGCGUGUGUUGUUAGCGAUGUGAUUGCAUUGGUCCAGGAAGUCUGUGUUAUAGACAGUGGGAUCAUAUCAUUCUCAUAGACUGCAAUGUGGUUACGUUAUUCAGCCAAUGUUGGCGUGUGUGUGUUAGGCUCAAUGGCUACCAUCGUGUCGUUGCUGCUGCAAAUGAUAUCUGCUGAAUGUGUUAUUUCGUUCAUAAUACACUGAGGUGUACCACGUGAUACGGGAUCUGUACAUUAUGUGUUGUUGUUGUUUUUUUUUUGUGUAGGAUACCUCAGUUUUCGCUAGUGACACAAGUUGUCAAGCUGCUUACAACCUUGAAAUCUUUCGCCUCUUUUCUUUCUCGACUCCUUUUUUGGGGCAUUUAGCCUCUUUCUCUUUAUAACUUUUUUUGUUCAUAUAAAUAGCUAUAAAGAUUAAUAAAUGGAUAUUAGUAUUAAUAGAAAUAAUGUAACAUUUCAAAUAGUGAAGCGAACAGUUCCUCACGAUAAAGCAUCUCAACAAAGUAAUAAGUUGUAAUUACUGACUUUAUCCCCCGUGAUUUCUUCGCUUGGGGAGGUGUAGACAAUUGUUAUUUACAAUUUACGAGAUGGAAUUCACAUAAGUGUUUUUUUUUUUUUUCUUUUUUUAAAUUUAAAGUGUGUGGUUUUCCUCCUUACACGAUAGUAAUACUACACGCGCUAACAGAUGUACUUUUAAUUUCUUUUUAAGAUUAGGUUAAUCACAUUUUUUUUGGUGUGGGAAAAUAUAACUAAACUGAUUUUUUUUUCUCAUUCUUAUACAUAGUCCUCAAAAUCAUUGAAUACGUUUUUUGGAAAUAAAAUUUAUAUAUAAAUAUAUUUACGUACGUACAAGGAUUGCCAGUUUAAGAGUAUGGGGUAUUUGUAUUAGGGUUUUUGAUAAAUUUUAGUUUGAAAUUAGUUUUUAAAAAUUAAAAAAAAAUUGAAAAAAAUGUUUUAAAAGCUGAAAUUAUUGUUGAAACAGCUCAGUAGUUCCUUCAACCAGAAGUGCAUUGUAAUAAUGAUGCCACAUGCUAAAAAUGACAAUUAUUUCAAACUAAUUUCUUUAAAAGAUAAGAUAAGAUAAUUGUUAUUGAUCCAAUGAAAUGGAAAAUCAGUUUGACUACAAUUGACAACCUCAGCGUAACUGCUGUAACAAUAACAAUAUAGAUGCACAUACGAACAACAUUCACACACGAAACACAUACACAAUCACAUACAAUUAGGCGUAAAUGCCUUUGACUUCCAUACCCAGAGGUCUCGGUUCAAAUCUCGAUGAAGACUGGGAUUUUUAACUUACUGAUUUCUAGACGCCCUUGAGUUAAAUAAAGGCGAUUUGUCAUUGUGCCGGCUACAUGACAUCCUCGUCAACUGUCGGCUAUAGAAACAAAUGACCUAUACAUUAUCUGCCCUAUAGAGUAUGAAAGGGGAUCUUUACUUACUUAUUCCACUUUGUUUCACCCCCCCCCCCUUUCCCCCUGUGUCUUUUGUUGCCACAUGUGCUAAAUAAUGAUUUAGAUUAUUCACAUACUUUACAUAUAAUAUAUAUAUAUAUAUAUUUGCUUGCUCUUGCACGUAUUCUUGUGUUUAUGUUUAAAUUUAAAACCAUACUUCAUUACAUACAUUCUUACUAUUGUGCUUUCUGAUACCUAUAAUUUAAUCUACACCAACACAUAACUUUUACGCAUAUGAAACACAAGAAUAAGGUUUCAGAAGCUGAUACAUACAAAAAAAAAAAAAAAAGAAUACAAAUUCCAAUAAUAUAACUAGAACAUAUUUAUAAAUAAAUCGGGGUGACCCAGAUCAUAAUUAUAAAAGACCUCGACACUGAUGUUGUGCAAGGUUGAGCAGAUGUGGCAACGAGGCAUUGAUGUAAACUGCCCACAAGUUGUUAUCUUGCAGGUCAGUGUUCAGCCCCCCCCCAUAACAGUUGGUCCUGGCGUAACAGCCCAAAUCCCCGCGUCCCAGUGUGCCGUUUCCUGUAGUCCAUUGCUAUACGCCACUACAACAAGCCAUUGCCCAUCACCCACAAACAGACAUAUAGUCAAAGCACAUGUUACUCGAAUAGAUGGCAGAAAAAAAAUCAACAUAUUGUCUUAGGGAUGAACAAGGGGGGAGGGGGUGGGGCUGGCUGAGUGGCUAAACGCUUGGCUUCCGAACCUUGAGUCUUGGGUUCGAACCUCAUUGAAGACUGGGAUUAUGAAUUUUGUGAUUCUUAGGACGCCCCUGAGUCCACCCAACCCUAAUUGGUACCUGACUUUAGUUGGGGGAAGGAAAGGCGGUAAAAUCAGUCUUUUUUCCCCUGGCAAUCAGAUGCUGAAGUUCCAAAUACAUGUUCUCCAUAUAAUGAUAUAAACUGUUAUAAAUAGAAUCUUGUUUUUGUGUUUUACGCAUGUUUGUAAGUAUGUCUCCUCUGUUGUUUGACGUCAUGUCGUAAAUAUACAAAAUAAAAUGUCUACCUAUUAUAUUAUCGAUUACUUUGUUUAUCGCUAGUUAUCGCCUCCAUGUACAUGAGCGCUGUUGACACGUGACCUGUUGACCUAUAAAUACACGACCGUUACUUUUGAUUUGUUACAAAAUGUUACAGAGUACUUCUGUGUAGUAUUGAGCUUAUGCCAUUGAUUUAGUGUACAUUAUUAUCAUUUUUAUUAUUAUUAUUAUUUAAAUGUCACGUGGUACAUUCUUUCCAUAUUCAUUGGAGCACGUUGAACAGUUUAAUGUAUAUCUAUCGCUGUGACAGUGUGACUAGUUGGCUCGCAACGCCCGGGGCGCUGCUCCGGAGUUAGAGCUGCAUUGUCACUUUGUGUGCGUGAGUGUGCGUGUGUAUCAAUAAAUCUACCUACACCUGACUACAUCAGUUCAUCAAAUAUUAAAUGCAUUAUAUUUUGCUCAUAGCAUGAUGUAGAAAUAACAAUCACUUGUUAUUUUGAAUUCUUUUUUUUUUUCUUUUAUCAUGUUUGAUCGGUUCUUGUUUUCACAUCAGUUUCAUUUUCAUAUUUCAUUUGUCAUUUCGCCAUAGAUGUAAAUAUGCCAUGAUUGUCAUUUCAAGCAAGGUCCACCUUUCUUUUUUGAUCACUCAUCCGUCUCCGUCUCGUCAAGCGUAGGGAAGGUCAGACCUCUUUGACUUUGUCUCAUAUGUUCCUCCCUUCCUCCAUAAGUCCCUGCUUUUUGUUUUUAAAGUCGAAAGGUCCACCUUCUUCUUGUCAUCUGACAUUGUACAUAAAUGUCAUUCUUGUUGACAUGCGACAUAACUAACAGUUGUAUUGUUGUCUGGUGUUAUUGACCCUCCCCCCCCCCACCCUGCGCCCAUUGUAUCCCUCCAUGUCCGCCAUUGUUGUCUUUUAAGCAAAUGUCAGGAAAUCUCCCACCUCCUCACUCAGUUACGUCCCUUUUAUCCUACUUUCAUUUUCGUUAAACCGGAAAUUAAAAAUAUUUGCAGAACUGAAAGCCCGAGCAUUGGACAAGGCUUAAAAACAACAAAAAUGUGAGGCCAAAAGAAAUUUUGCAAACAUUAAAAUAUUUAGUUUUGGCUUAUUAUUCAGGAUUUAAAAAUACUUAUGUAAUAUCCUUGAGUUUUUUUAAAAAUUAUAUAUAUAUCUUUUUUUUACAAAUCUCCUUUUGCAUCUGGCAACAUUGAAGAAUGUUACUUUUUUUUUAUAUUCGUGUUGACCCACUUGCCAGAUUUUUUUUUUAAUUUAAAA